UGAUCUUAUGUGGGACCGAAAUAAUAGGAGUCUUGUCAUUGGAAUUGUGUGUAUAGGAUGCACUGCGGCUGUAUUCCCAGCCCAUACUGGCUACCAGGGCUGGCAUUCCCAGAGUGGGCGUACAAGCCUGAGUCGAGUCCUGGCUCUCGCCAGAUCCAGCUAUGGCACUUUAUCUUGGAGUUGCUUCAGAAUGAGGAUUUCCGCCAUGUUAUCGCCUGGCAGCAGGGCGAAUACGGAGAGUUUGUCAUUAAAGAUCCGGAUGAGGUGGCCAGGCUCUGGGGUCAGCGCAAAUGCAAACCUCAGAUGAACUAUGACAAACUGAGUCGGGCCCUCCGGUAUUACUACAAUAAAAGAAUAUUGCACAAGACUAAAGGGAAGAGAUUUACCUACAAAUUUAACUUCAACAAGCUGGUCCUCAUUAAUUAUCCGAUGUGGGAUCUGAGAUGCCCUCCUCAACCAGUUCUGAUGGGAAACAAUAUGUGUUGUUCGGUUGUAGUGCCACCUGGUGUCCAGAGAGAGGUUUUACAAAGUACAAUCCUUGCACGCAAGUUACUGUCUGAUCAGCUGACUUGUCGCAGAGUGAUGCAGAAUCCAGGAGAUGGCACCAGUUCUUCUGAAAAAAAGAUAACUCCAAAUUUGGGAUUAAGUGCACCAUCUCCUCCAUGUGGUCUGAGCUCCUUUUAUCACUUUGGCCAUGAUAGACCUUUCCACAUUCCAUCUUCCUCUGCAGAAAUUAACCCACCAGGUUUUUCACCCCACCAUGGUCAGCCAGUCUACUCUUCUCCACACAUUGCUCUGGCAGGGUCAUCUGAACGGCAGUUGUGUACCAGUCACUUACUCCAACGCAGUCAUACACUUAUGUCCUUGGAAGAGAGAAUUCAGUCCCUAACUCAGCGAGGUGCUCACUAUAGAAUUCCAGGACUCCCGUUUUCCAGUCAUUUUGCUGGACAAACACCAGCCCAUCUAACAGAAGGUCUUCCACUGCCACCACCACCACCACUGUCUGACAGCAAGGGGCAAGAAGAAAACUGCCUGACUUCCAUUGUGAAACCAGACCGGGAGACAGAACUUAGCCCUCUGCCAGUUGAGAACAUGUUUCUAGAUCUUCAUGAAAGUAAAAAAGCUCCUCUCAGUCCUUCUGAUAACUCUGCCAUUAAAAGUAAACCUGUGCUGUUUUAUAGCGUAGCCAAUCUGUCCAACAUUGGCAAAAACUGGUUGCUGAAGCCUGCCUAG